AGGAGGGGGAGGGAGAAGAGAGAGAAUAUUGCAGGUAUCCCUAUUUGCCUAAAUUUUCUGCUCAAUAAUGUAGGAGAACCCGUAACCCUGUGGAAGGAACCUUUUUAAGUCGGGAGGAAGGUUGAACUUUAACAGAAAUGGCAGUCAGGCCAGUUGAACGGGUUCCUGAAACAUCCAAAAAGGUUUUCUGUUGCCCCUGGCUUUGCCUGGAAAGGAUAAGUUUAGUGUACUUGAAGAUUGAUUGCAUAUAUUUUAAACUGAGGUAAAAAUCACGGGUCGUAGGAGCAGUAUAAGGAGGGAAAGUCUACACAAGGGGUGAAAAGCCCCCAUCUCGCUCCUGUCCUUUAGAAAGUAAGCAUAAUCUCCAGUAUUCAUUACAAGUCUUUAAACGUCACUGUAAACAACCAGGCCCACCGGUUUACUUUCCUCUCCCCUCCAAAUGAUGAGGCAACGCCUUUUUAUUUUGUUUUUUAAUCUGCACACAAAGCACCUAGGGCGAUCAGUUCUUCCCAUUAGGAAAGUCCCUCUCCAGGAACAAGGACACCUACGUUCUGUAGAAGCCCCCAGCGAUGCUCUCCCUCACUGCCUUGUCCAAAGGAGCAGGGGCUGCUUUACGCGUGUCCCCGGCUCAGUUAAUUGAAGUUCUGCCUCUUUCCUGCUAAACUUUUUCCCCAGUCUGCCUUUGCCAGCCCCCUCGUCUGAUUACAUCUAGUAAUUCUCCACUGAAUGAACGUCAUUUACAAUAGUAGGGGAGCUCUGCGCUCGCUGCUGCUUCACGCUCCAUUUGUCCUCCAUUCUCCCUUUAAAGUACUCGUGUAAUAUUAAUAGUCAUGAAUAUCAAUUAUUAUGAGGCGGUGUAGGCAAGCGGAGGGAGGAAGGGGCGCCCGAGCAGUCUGAGCCCAGCUUCGGGUGGAAGAGGACUGCAUCUGGAGCCCCCGAAGAGCGGCAGAAGAAAAGAGGCCAAAAAGACAGCAAGAGACCGAUGAACAGUUCUGUCUAUGUUAGUCCACACCUAUUCAUCCAUGGACCGGCACGAUGGCGUCCCGAGCCACAGCUCCAGGCUCUCCCAGCUGGGCUCGGUAUCCCAAGGACCUUACUCCAGCGCCCCGCCGCUGUCCCACACCCCGUCGUCAGACUUCCAGCCGCCCUACUUCCCGCCUCCCUACCAACCGCUUCCCUACCACCAGAGCCAGGAUCCCUACUCCCACGUCAACGACCCCUACUCCCUGAACCCACUGCACCAGCCCCAGCAGCAUCCCUGGGGACAACGGCAGCGGCAAGAAGUGGGUUCGGAAGCCGGCUCUCUCCUGCCCCAGCCUCGGGCAGCCUUGCCCCAGCUCUCGGGCCUCGACCCCCGGAGGGACUACCACUCGGUCCGCCGGCCAGACGUGCUGCUGCAUUCGGCGCACCACGGCCUGGACGCGGGCAUGGGUGACAGCCUCUCGCUGCACGGCCUCGGCCACCCCGGAAUGGAAGACGUCCAGUCAGUUGAAGAUGCCAAUAACAGCGGCAUGAAUCUAUUGGACCAGUCUGUCAUAAAAAAAGUUCCGGUUCCUCCCAAAUCUGUGACUUCUCUAAUGAUGAAUAAAGAUGGCUUCCUGGGAGGCAUGUCCGUCAACACCGGCGAGGUCUUUUGCUCGGUCCCCGGCCGUCUGUCUCUGCUCAGUUCAACUUCAAAGUACAAAGUAACUGUGGGGGAAGUUCAGAGACGGCUCUCGCCCCCCGAAUGCCUCAACGCGUCUCUCCUCGGCGGCGUCCUCAGAAGAGCCAAAUCGAAAAAUGGGGGGAGAUCUUUGCGAGAAAGGCUAGAAAAAAUCGGUUUGAAUUUACCCGCGGGCAGGCGCAAAGCAGCAAAUGUCACGUUACUGACCUCCCUGGUGGAAGGAGAAGCUGUUCACUUAGCUCGGGAUUUUGGGUAUAUUUGUGAAACAGAGUUUCCUGCUAAAGCUGUUUCAGAGUAUUUGAACCGGCAGCACACCGACCCCAGUGACCUGCAUUCCCGAAAGAAUAUGCUGCUGGCUACCAAGCAACUCUGUAAAGAAUUUACGGAUCUGCUGGCGCAGGACCGGACGCCAAUCGGGAACAGCAGGCCUAGCCCCAUCCUGGAGCCGGGGAUCCAAAGCUGCCUCACGCACUUCAGCCUCAUCACGCACGGCUUCGGCGCCCCGGCCAUUUGCGCCGCGCUCACGGCCCUGCAGAACUAUCUCACCGAGGCGCUCAAAGGCAUGGACAAGAUGUUCUUGAACAACACCACCACUAACAGGCACACGUCUGGGGAAGGCCCAGGUAGUAAAACUGGCGACAAGGAGGAGAAACACAGGAAAUGAAAAAUUAAAAAAAAAAAAAGAAAGAAAAAUGUUUUAAAUACAAAAGGAAAACAAAAAAUUUAACUUUAGCUUUAAAAUGUUGGAUUGGCUUGGAAGAAUUAUAUUAGGUAGAAUACACAUGCAAUCAAAUUUAAAAAAAAAAGAGCUAAAUAACUUAAAAAAAAAACUGAGGCGUACAACGGAGCAACAAUAUCGGUUCUCAGUGUCUAUUUCAAGAUACACUUGGAGACAAACGUCUGGAUUUUCCACUUCGGUUUUUUCGAGCUUAGUAAUACUGAUAAUAAAAGAAAACCAUGAUUUUCCCCCUUUGGAAAAUAAACAUAAGACUAAACAUGAGAAAACGCUAACUUAUUGGAAGAAAA